AAGAUGGACAAGAAGAUAUUAUUUUUGUUUUUCUUCUGUAUUACUCUGCACUUAGCAACAAUCGUAUCUGCUCAACUUCAAGUUGGUUUCUACAAUACUAAAGCUAGAUGUCCAGCAGCAGAAACCAUAGUUCGAGAUACGGUGCGAACCCGGUUUUCAUCGGAUCGUACCAUCACAGCAGCAUUGCUGAGAAUGUAUUUUCAUGACUGCUUCGUGAGGGGUUGUGAUGCAUCGUUGUUGAUAGACUCCAAAAACACGAAGAAUAAAAAGUCAGAAAAAGAUGCAGGUGCAAAUGGAUCUGUAAGAGGAUACGAGUUGAUUGAUCAAAUAAAGAGUAAAUUAGAAGCUACAUGUCCUAAUACAGUGUCCUGUGCAGACAUCAUUGCAUUAGCUACUCGAGAUGCAGUUGCAUUAGCUGGAGGACCGGGCUAUAGUAUACCCACUGGCAGGCGCGAUGGGCUAGUAUCAGACCCAUCACAAGUGAACCUGCCAGGCCCUAGUAUAACAGUGCCACAAGCAAUUCAAAUUUUUCAAAGCAAAGGAUUUAAUGUGAAUGAAAUGGUGUCGCUUUUAGGUGGCCACACAGUGGGAAUUACACAUUGUAGUUUUAUUCAAGAGGAUAGGCUAUCGAGGGCGGAUGGAAGCAUGGAUACCAAAUUGUUUACUAGUCUUAAAAAGACGUGUAGUGCUAAUGGUGGCUCGCCUGUGUUCUUGGAUCAAAACACUUCAUUUGUCGUUGAUAACUCUUUUUACAAACAACUGAAAUUGAAGAAAGGAAUAUUGAAGAUUGAUCAGUUACUUGAAUCAGAUGGAUCAACUGCUGGGAUUGUGACGAAUUUUGCUUCUAAUCCAAAAGCCUUCCAACAGGCUUUCGCGAAUGCAUUGAUCAAGUUAGGUAACACUCAAGUUCUUGUGGGGAAAUCAGGUGAAGUCAGAAAAAAUUGUCGAGCAUUUAAUCCUCCUCCCAAAAUCACGAAAAAAUGA